GCAUGCGCGGUGUGAUUGUGGUUUGUUUAUGCGCUGUAAAAAAAAAAAAAAAGCGAGAGCGUAAUGGCGGCGAGCAGGCUGUGAUGAGCUAGCGAAAAUAGCUAUUGGACUCACUGUCACACUUCGGGAAAGAUCACAGUCUCUCCUCACACACGCGCGGAAACUGCUCAAAAUGCAGAUCACACUGAAAACUCUGCAGCAGCAGACGUUUAAAAUCGACAUCGACGCAGAGGAGACGGUAAAGGCGUUAAAGGAGAAAAUUGAGAAUGAGAAAGGAAAGGAGAGCUUUCCUGUUGCUGGACAAAAGCUGAUCUAUGCAGGUAAAAUCCUAAAUGAUGACACCGCACUAAAGGAGUAUAAGAUAGAUGAGAAGAACUUUGUGGUUGUCAUGGUAGCAAAGCCUAAAGCUGCUCCUGCAGCCACUCAACCUUCAACUCCUGCAGCAUCAAGUAGUCCCGCCUCUAGCACUACAACUCCCACAAUCCCCCCUGUCGCUGCCGCCACCACCACCACCAACACUGACACGACAUCUGAAAGCAGUGUCAAAGAGGAGAAAGCAGAGGAAAAACCACCAUCAUCUACACCUGCCAGUUCUGAUAGCCCGACGAACGCCAACAUAUUUGAUGAGGCGACUUCUGCUCUGGUGACGGGACAGUCAUACGAGAACAUGGUGACUGAGAUCAUGUUAAUGGGCUAUGAGAGGGAGCAGGUGGUUGCAGCGCUGCGUGCCAGUUUCAACAAUCCAGACCGAGCUGUCGAGUACCUGCUCAUGGGAAUUCCAGUGGAGAGUGAGGGGAAUGUGGGAGGCUCUGAUCCUGCAGCUCCAGCAGGGGGCGCACCGGCUGCUCCCACAGGACUUUCAUCUCCAUCCAGCACAACACCUACGCAACCCACUGGGGGAUCAGCAGCUAAUCCUCUGGAGUUUCUGAGGAAUCAGCCUCAGUUCCUGCAGAUGAGGCAGAUCAUCCAACAGAACCCUUCACUGCUGCCUGCCCUGCUGCAACAGAUCGGCCGAGAGAACCCCCAGUUACUGCAGCAAAUCAGCAGCCACCAGGAGCAGUUUAUUCAGAUGUUGAAUGAACCAGCACAGGAAACGGGGCAAGGAGGUGGAGGGGGUGUGUCUGAGGCUGGGGGUGGGCAUAUGAACUACAUCCAGGUCACGCCCCAGGAAAAGGAAGCAAUUGAGAGGCUAAAGGCACUUGGAUUCCCAGAAGGACUUGUUAUUCAGGCCUACUUCGCUUGUGAGAAGAACGAGAACUUGGCUGCCAAUUUCCUUUUACAACAGAACUUCGAUGAUGACUAAAAGCUCUUUGGGUUCUUCCCCCUCCCAAUUCACCCCCCCCCCUUUUUUCCCCCUCCCCCCCAGUUAAUCAUAUUGCAAAAAAUAGAUAAAAUCUUCAUACAUAACCCCUCUACAGGCAGUCUUGGUCUAUUUUUCUUUACACACUGGAUGACUCGUCUGUUUUCAUCUGCUUUUAUGAAGGCGAGCAUGUUCAUUUGGGAAACUAAGUAAAAAGCAUAAUCAAAUUGCCUCCUUUGACCUGGAUUUUUUUUUUUUGGCUUGUAUUCCUAAUUAGUUUUGUUGAAUGCAGGUUUAAAAGGGUUCAUCCCUAUUUUUUUUUCUCCAAUCAUUUUGAACAUUUGUGGCUGAGCUGCGCAUACAACUUAUGUUCAUUGUUAAAUUUUUCUUUCACUCAUGUUCAUGCCUUCUUUCACAGUUGAACGGUAUUAGGGACCCGAAACACAAUUUUAAACAUUAAAAAGAUUUUUAAAGCAACGCGGUUGCCGUAUAUAUUUUGUUUUCGUUGAAAUACGAUCAGCUUUUCUUUGUAGUGCAUGAAAUGCAGAUGUUUCUGUAACUGCAAAACUCAUGAACUUCUUUUAAAGGUUAAGGCAUGUCCACAUGUUCCACAUUGAUUAGUGUGGACAGUUCCACGUUCUGCACAUUUAGUGUUCUUUUUACAGGAAGAAAUAAAAGUUUUCAACAUAAACACA